AAAACACGCAAAACCAUAAACGCAAAUCCCCUUCUCUCUGCAAAGCAAGAAAACAAAGAAAGAUCAAAUCUCUCAUUCUUUUUUUAGUUUUUAAUUUUGCCGCGGGAUCUGACGCCCAUCGAAUCGCCAACGCGGAUUCGAAUCGGAGAGAUCCAUAUGGAGGGAGUCGGGGCCCGAACGGGUCGAACCUCGACCCGGUACGGACCGGCCACGGUGUUCAAUGGCCCGGUCAGGAAGUGGAAGAAGAAGUGGGUCCACGUAGCUCCUCCUUCUCACACCUCUCACUCUCACUCUCACUCCCACCAGAUUAACACCCCUAACGGAAAUAACGGCUCCCACCUCCUUCUCUUCAAGUGGGCCCCGAUCUCCCAGACCCAAAAUGCUGUCGCCAAUGGCACCGCCGCUAAGCCCGACGAUGUGGAGGAGCCGCCUCGCCGCAGAUUCAAGUACAUGCCGAUUGCUUUAUUAGAGGAACAGCUAAAUGAGGCUGCAGAACAGGUUGAAGAAGAGGUCAACCUGGUAGAUACUGAGCCAGCUGAAACAGAGGCAACCACCAAGGGCGAGGGUUUAGAUGAAAAACCUGACAUUAAUGAUGUCCCUAUGGAAGAAAAUCAGGACAAUAAUCAGGUAGUAUGUCAAGAUCUGAAUGAAAGCACUUUGGAUUUAAGUUUGGGCUUAAAUGGACAUGACAGUGAUGAUGGUUCUGCUAUGAAAACUGAUCAAACCAGAAAGUGAUAGUUGCCAGCUCAGAGGUCAUUUGUUUUUUUGACACUGAGAACAUUACCAGCAGCAGCUAAUUUCUUGGUGCCGGAAUAGAUUGCAAUUCUUUGGCAUAUAGAGAAAGUGAAAUGUACUAUUAGAAUUCUUCAUUUGAAUGUUUUUCAUUGUUCAGUUGAUUGCUUGCAUAUUGCACCCAUUUGGUAUAAGUUGCAAUACCCAUUUUUUUCAGCAUUAAAAUGAUGGAACCAUUUGUACUGGGAUUCGACUUUUUAAUUUUGAAACAAGAUUUAUGAU